UUGAGCUUCUGAUUGGCUGACGACCGACGAUAGGCCGCUGAUUGGUGGAGGGAGGUGUGAGGCGGGUGGGCCGGAGAGUAUAUAAACAUGAGACCCGGCUUCGAGGUGAUCAUCAGCACACCUCGAACGAGACCACAGCUGACAGGUGGUGGUACCGAAGGCGACACUCACGACCCACUCAACGCUCACCUGAGAGCCCACACCAGCAAGAUGGUUGUCACAUCCCGUAUGCUCGCUGCCCACACCAAUGGCUACCCUGUAGAUGCCAAGGCUCGCUUCUGGUCAACCUACUACAGGUCGUUGAAAGACAUCCACCACGAAGAGCAUCGCCCACGCGCCUCCGAGUUGAUUCCCAAGCCCAAAUUCCCAGCCUCGGCAGGUACAGGUUACACCGGGCCAGCUGUCUACCCGAAGAGCACUUACCCUCUCAUCCUCAACACGAUAUCUCCUUCCGUCCGCCCGUCAUACUACCUGUAGGGCGGACCAGCAGUGUGUUGGGGGGAAGGGUGGUAAAGGACACCUUGGUCUUCCCUCAGCGACUGUCCGUCUCCUGCCGCCCACCUAACAACAAAUCUCCUGCGGAUCACACGGCCGUAUAUACAUAUAUAUAUAUAUAUUCAUAAUUUAUAACUUAUGUAAAGAUAACUAUUUAUUAUUCCCUCUGUGAAUGGAGUUUGAUGGUUAUCUACUGCCUAAGGAGCUACUUAAAAUGGAGAAAUACCCGAUGUGACAUCUCAUUAGCCUGAAACAUUGUCUUUAAGUAUUUUCCACGUAAAUUGAAGAACGUCCACUGAGCGUGGAUUAUUUCCUUCCUGCGGUCAGCGACAACUUGUGUAAAUAUGUAUACAUUUACACGACCUUGCCACUCUUCUGCAAGAACUACAACAGCAAAACACACAGACCUACAUCAGCUCUGCCGUCAUGACCACAGAAAUUGAUCUGUCAACACCAACCAGUAUGUUAGUAUUUCUCUGUCAUAACUGUCUCGCCGACGUGGAUUUUUUUACAAGUGAUUUCGAUUUUAUUAAUGAAUUAACCCAUAAAGCGUGUAAGGUAAGACACCUGCUGCCAGCGCAGGACUUACAAUCUUCCUCAGCGUCCCUCCUCGCUGUCAGAAAGGUCACUUCAGGAGGUUAUUCUUCAACGUUAAGGUUCAAACAUCACCCACCGUCAUCCGCACAUCAUCAUCACCUGAUCACGUCCACGCCAACACAGAAGACUCAACCCUACCUCGGUAGUUCUGCUGCGUUCCAGGUGUGUCUCUGUGAUGCUACACCGCGUCUAGUGACCAAUGGUUCACUCGUGCUGACACCUGUAGUCAGUACGUAAGUGAACCUUGAUCACGUCAAUGGCAAUGAAGCCAAAUUAUUUUAAGUUUUGUUGACAUAUUUUUGUCAAACUUUUUUUUAUCCAUACUUGUAAAGAAAAUUGACUCACCUAUAUUCACCUACUCACGUCAUACUCAUAAGAUUGUUUAUGUCAGCGUCAUCCAAAUGUAUAUUGGCAAAAAUAUAUGAAAGAAUUUCA